GCUGACUUUCCUUAAUUUCAAUACAAAACAAAACACUUAAUGCGAUAACUAAAUUCACUUGAUGCGAUCCAAAACAUUUGGUUUCUAAGUGUGUUUUCUAGUGCGUGAGUGCCGUCGGAAAACUGUUUACACUCCGCCUCCUAACCCUCCAAAACUUCAUUCACAAAAAUGGAACAGCCACCUGCCCGUGGGAGGCGCAUUACAUACGUCACCAUCCAAACACAAAUAAAAUAAGUGUCUUUAAAUUCCUUUACAAGUUUUAAACUAGGUUGGCUCCAUAUUUUGUUUCUUUACUUAAUAAUAAUUUAUUUUACAAAUAAAAUGACAUAAUUAACUUAAAACAAGUUUACAUAUUUUCGAUUUAUAUUUAAGUAUUCAAUAUGGCUCCAACAGAAUAUAUGGAAUAUAUUGGAGAACUCAAAAAUAUAUUUUCUGCACAAUAACUCAUUAAUUAAUUACAAACACACACAAGUUGAAUUUCUUAGAUUUAAAAAAAAAAAAUUGGAACAUAUUUAAUCUCUAUAAUUACAAUAACAUUUUCCAAGUGACCAAUGUUACCAAAAGUUUUUAAAUAAAUGUAGCUCCAUGUCCUAUAAAUUUUGCAGUAUUGUCAUGUUUCCAGCCUCUCCUGUCCUCUCCUCUCAGCUGUGUAAAUAGCCUCUCCUGUCCUCUCCUCUCUGCUCUGUGUAAACAGAUUCUCAGUGAAUAUUUGUCAAGUGACCGUUGGUCUCAGCAGAAUCAAUCAUGUCUUCACAGUGUCUCUGAGGAGCAGAAUUUAAUUUAUUUAUUUGAUUUAUUUGAUCUGGAGAAUGGAGAUAAAAAGAUUCUGACACAAAUGUCAACAUUUUAACACAAGUUUUGGUGAAUUACUUGAAGCGUUAGUCACACAGGAUCAGUUCAAGAGCCAUCGGACAUGUUAAAAUCUGACAAUAAUUUCUAUUCUUCCACUCUGUGGUUUGUUCAUGUUGUCAUUUUGUCUGUAACUUGAUCGGUUGUUGCUGUGAGGGAGUGUCUGUCUUCUCUUCUCACAUACCACCGAACACAAGAUCAGUGUGGUGAAACAAACAAACAACAAACAGAAAAAUGUGAUUGUGAAACUUACCCUCUAUCUCUCUCUGUCUUCAGAGGACUCGUCCUCAGAGAGUGGCAGUGGGAAUGGCCUGCCCGCGCUGACCCCGCCCUCAUCCGCCGUAACGGACGGCGCCAUCGUCAGGGAAACGGAGGUCAUCAACGGUAACGGCGGCCCCGCCCCGCUGGACUUCAGCACGCCGACCUCCUCGUCCUCGUCGUCCGAGGACCAGCAGCCGAUGAACCUGAGCGACCCGCCCCCCCAGCGGCUGCCGCUGCCCUCCUCCCACCUGCCCGUCACCGUGUCGGCCGCGGCCGCGGCGCUGCUCGGCGCCCUGCACCCCAGCGCGCCCGAAGAACUCCGCAGGAAGUACCCGCUGGCCGCCAAGCCUCCGCUGCCCACGCACCCAGCCCUGCCGCUGCCGCUGCCGCACACACACAACGCACACACCCCCAACGCACACACCGCCGAGCUGCGACUGGACCGAGACGGCAGGGACUACGGGGGCAAGUCCCCUCAGUACAGCUCCGGUGGCAGCUACGACAGUGUGAAGAUGGACCUGGGAGCCGAGGACCUGACCACAGGUCGCCACGGCAGCCAGAUUGCCCCUGACGAUGACGACGACGACCAUGAUGACCACGACGACAACGACAAGAUCAACGACACGGAGGGGGUCGACCCCGAGAGACUAAAGGCCUUCAAUAUGUUUGUGCGUCUGUUUGUGGAUGAGAACUUGGACCGGAUGGUUCCCAUCUCCAAGCAGCCCAAGGAGAAGAUCCAGGCCAUCAUCGAAUCCUGCAGCAGACAGUUCCCCGAGUUCCAGGAACGCGCCCGCAAGCGCAUUCGCACCUACCUCAAAUCCUGCCGACGCAUGAAGAAGAGCGGCAUGGAGACUCGUCCGACUCCUCCUCACCUCACCUCAGCCAUGGCCGAGAACAUCCUGGCUGCUGCCUGCGAGAGCGAGUCACGCAACGCCGCCAAGAGGAUGCGCCUCGACACCUAUCACGAUGAGCAGAUCUCUCUGGACAAGCCGUCCAGCGGCGGCCUGCGGGAGCCGGCGUCCCUCGCCCACUCCGCCUACUCGCUGGCGGCCUCGGCCUUCUCCUCGCAGGACUCGCAGCUCUACAUCAACGGCGCCGGCCUCAGCUACGGUUACCGUGGAUACCCGGGCCUGGGCGCUGCCAUGCAACACCCCGUUUCCCUGACGACCGGCGCCGCGGCUCAGAGCAACGGCCCCACAGACCUCAGCAUGAAAUCUCUGUCCUCUGCCAACAUCACUAACUCCUCCUCCGCUGCCUCCGCCAACAGCAGCCUGGGUGGGCGGGGCAGUGGGGGUGCUGGAGGGGGCGGGGCCUCCACCCAGCUCAGCCAGCCGGAGAUCACGGCCGUGCGUCAGCUGAUCGCCGGCUACCGGGAGUCGGCCGCCUUCCUGCUGCGCUCCGCAGACGAGCUGGAGAACCUGAUCCUGCAGCAGAACUGAUCCCACACACACACACACACACACACACACACACAUACAUUCUGUUUGUCUGCGUCUCUCCUUAUCCACCAGACCUCCUCUUGUUUUUGCUCCUUUUAAUCUGCCUUCUCUUUUAAUCGGCCACUUUUUUAUUUGAGGAGAAAGUGGGAAACUGGGACAGAGGGAGGGGAACUGAAUCCCGCCCCGACUUUCCCAAAACAAUCCCCCACAAACCUCGACCCAUCCUGAUUCUGCCUGACGAGGAGGAGAAAUUAUUUUGGAAGGAAUUCAACCCUCUCCUCUUUGGAAGCACCUCACAAUCAGCACUGCACUCUGGGAGACGAGUGUGGAGGAGAGGAGGAGAGGACGGAGAGAUUUCACAAAGUUUUUGCCAUCUCUCGUUCGAGACAGUUUAAGAAUAAAUAUCGACUCCCUGACUUCGUACUACUGAUGACAAGUGUUUUUGAUUUGGUUCAAUAUUUAAUUUCUUCUGCCGGGAGUCCAGUGAGCAUUUUAUUUUUGUUUUAAUUUCUCUUCCCAAGUGACUGAUAGAACGAAUCGGAAAGAAGCACUAAAGACCGAAAGAGAAAGGAUGGAAACUGGGAGAGAAAAGAGAAAAAAAAGGAGUUGUUUGGUUUAAAAAAGAAAAGCAAAGAAAAGAAAAGGAGAGAAACUUUUUUUGUGCUCGCUUGUAUAUAAGCUCUCUGUGUCCUAUAGCACUUUUCACUCACCUCCCCGUCCUCCUCCUCACCCCUUUACCCAGGGAGCUACUCGCUACUUAUGCAUCCGAGACGCCAUGUUGACCGCCAGGAAAUACCUCAGAUCCAACCUGCCAAUUCAGUUCACACA